AUGACGCCAAAGAAGAUCGACCUGCCUCCCAACACAGAAACCGUGGUCCGGGAACAGAUGCGCCUCCAUGAGUACUUCGCCACUACCGUGUCCGAACACCCGCUGCAACUCGUCAUUGACCACCCAGACUUUGAAGAAAUAGAUCCCGCCGACGUGCAGGAAUUGCUCAAGCAACAACACCUCGGAACGAGACAACUACAAACAGCUCAAGACCAACAGGCGGAGGGCCAUGGGACUGAGGAAAGUCAACUCGAUCCCGACGAGUGGUACGAACCUGGUCCUCGUCAUUACCUGUACGACAUCGUCCAUGAAGCUCCUCCGCCUGCAGCCACUGCAUUCUGUUUUACACCCCGUGCUCCCAACAAGUCAGUCACUCUUCCUUACGUGGUGGAGGAACAGUAUAUACCAGUUACGAGCCCCACCGAGGUGGUGUACAAGGACAAGUAUGUCUGGCUGCCGAAGAUAAUGUACAAUGCUCUGGACGACCCCGAGUGGUCCAAUAAUCCGGAACAUUUCCAACUCCUUGGCUCCGACACCGAGCUCCCUUCAUCGGCCAUCCCGGCAUUCCAGUGGGAAUACACGACCAGCCAAGCCGAAGACUUCCAAGGCGGUGAAGCGGGGGACUAUCAGACGCAACCUGGCGGCUGCCAAGAUGGAGACUACCAGCCCCAACAUGGAGACUAUGAAGCCGAACCUGGAGACUCAGAACCGGCAGGCGUGUGUAGUUGA